CAGGUAGAGGUGGCACAUUCCAGGAAAUCGCAGCUGAGACGGAGCGUUUUCAAGCAUGAACCGGGCAUUUAACAGAAAAAAAGAUAAAUCAUGGAUGCACACUCCAGAAGCACUGGCCAAGCAUUUUAUACCAUACAAUGCCAAGGGGCUCCUUUUGCUUUAAUUACUGCCUCAAUUCAACGUGGCAUGGAGGUGAUCAGUUUGUGGCACUGCUGAGGUGGUAUGAUAUUUUUGGUCUCUUGUUUCUAAUUUUCCUCUUGACAAUACCUCAUAGAUUCUCUGUGGGGUUCAGGUCUGGUUAGUUUGCUGGCCAGUCAAGCACACCAACACCAUGGUCAUUUAAACACCAUGGUGCUUUUGGCAGUGUGGGUAGGUUUCAAAUUCUGCUGGAAAAUGAAAUCAGAAUCUUCAAAAAGCUAGUCAGCAAAAAGAAACAUGAAGUGCUCCAAAAUUUCUUGGUAAACGGGUGCAGUGACUUUGGUUUUCAAAAAACACAAUAGACCAAAAACAGCAGGUGACAUUGCACCCCAAAUCAUCACAGACUGUGGAAACUUACCACUGGACUUCAAGCAACUUGGGCUAUGAGCUUCUCCACCCUUCCUCCAGACUCUAGGACUUUGGUUUCCAAAUGAAAUACAAAACUUGCUCUCAUCUGAAAAAAGGACUUUGGACCAAUGGCAACAGUCCAGUUCUUCUUCUCCUUAGCCCAGUUUCUGGGGCAUACAGAAGUUGAUCAACCCAAAGGUACAGAGGUGGUGAAAGAUGCCGUCAGAAAGCUCAAGUUUCAGAGACAUAUUAAGAAGUCAGAGGGACAGAAGAUCCCAAAAGUGGAAUUACAGAUCUCCAUCUACGGAGUAAAAAUAUUAGAUCCUAAAUCAAAAGAAGUACAGCACAACUGUCAGUUGCACCGGAUAUCCUUCUGUGCAGAUGAUAAGACAGACAAAAGGAUAUUCACAUUCAUUUGUAAAGAUUCAGAGUCCAACAAACAUCUCUGCUAUGUGUUUGACAGUGAAAAAUGUGCAGAAGAGAUAACUUUGACCAUCGGCCAAGCGUUUGACUUGGCAUACAAGAAGUUUCUGGAGUCCGGGGGAAAAGACGUAGAGACUAGGAAACAGAUAGGUGGCCUACAGAAAAGAAUUCAAGAUCUUGAAGCUGAAAAUUCCGAGUUGAAGAAGCAGUUGCAAGUCUUAGAGGAACAGCUGAUGAUUGCUCAAGUUCCUCCUCUUCUUCACAUUAACUCUUCUAAUGAGGCCUAUAUGCUUCAGAGACCCUCAUCUCUCUUCUGGUGUCACAACGUGACUUCAUUCUCUUGCCUCGAAAUUUCUUCUGUUACACUAACGCCAAUGAGCUCACCCGACUCUAACCUUUCUGCUGGUCUUCUGACUCCUCCACCUGCUAAACCAGCUUUGUCGAAGCCUCCGAGUGGAGCCAGUGUUCCUCACCCUCCUGGAAGCAGCAUGUUCUCGAAGACGCCCACUGACAUAUUUGACAUGGUUCCAUUUUCUCCAAUGACCCCAUUGGUUCCAUUACCAGCAAGUAAUGGCUCGGCCCCUCAGCCCCCGGCAAAGCCUACAGAGAUUAGCAAAGACCUGUUUGGUGCAGAGCCAUUUGACCCUUUCACCUGUGGAGCAGCUGACUUUCCUCCUGACAUCCAGUCCAAGCUGGAUGAAAUGCAGGAGGGGUUCAAAAUGGGACUAACAGUAGAGGGCACUGUCUUUUCCCUCGAUCCACUAGAAGGUCGCUGCUGAUGCCAAGAAGAAAGUUUUGUCACUUUCAUGUUAAACCAUUUGUACUAAAGUGCCAAACUCGGGUUUACAGUCAAGAUGUCAAUGUCUUAUAUUUUGUUUUUAUGUAUUUGCAUUAUGCAUUUGGUUUACGAAAAGUCUAUUGAGAAAUCUGAAGCAGUAGAUCACUAUUUUUGUAAGAACUAAAAAAAGGAAAAAACUAGUAAUGUAGUUUUAACACCCUUUGCUUGUACAGGCAAUGAAGGAAGGUAUGUUCAAUUGCACAGUCUGUCUCAACGUUUCAUAUUUUUUUAUGUGUUACACAUACAAGCUACUGUUUUUAAUCUGUAUGGUAUAUUAUAAAUCAUAAACACAUACAAUGUUAUCAUUAUGGAAAGAUCCCUUUAUGUUAUAUUUUUACUUUAUUUUUAACACUUAAUGCAGUACUAUACAUAAUAACAUUACUUUUGUAUCAAAUCUCAUGUUAAAUUACUAUAUUGUUUUUGUUAAUAGCAAUGGAUCCUUUAAAAUCAGUAUUUUUUAACUCAACAGCAGUUAAAUUGUAGGACUGGACUAUUUCCACAUUAACAUGUACUUGUAUUGCAGUUUAAUUGUAUAUGAUAUAUUUUAGUAUACUCUUGCACAAGGAAGCACUUUGAAAGAGCUCUGUUCAUGUAUUAUUGUUAAUUCAGCAUUAUUUUAGCCUUUGCUGUUGUAGUCAUUAAAAGAAAACGGUACAUAUUCUCUGUAUAAGUCAUGUUUUGUAAAAUGUCUUUCUUAGACCUUUACGUGCAUUAAAUAAGAGACCUUC